CAAAUGGAAACGUAGGCCAGUAACAGUUGUUGAAGUUGAAGGUACAGCUGAUCUUGAAUAUUUUUUGAAGGGUUUACUGACUUAAGUUUAGGGAUUUUAUUUGUAAACUUAUUUUCGAAAUGGAAGUCACCGGCUAACGCCAGUGGCUUUUCCUGUAACUGGGUUGUUUGUUGCACAACACAGAAGCUAAUUCCCGAGUCAGAAUAAUAAUAUAUUUGAUUAGGAUACACGAUAAAAACGUAGUGAGGAACUGUUGUUAAAAAAAAAUUAAAACUUUCCUUUUAAGUUACUACGAGUCUGGAAACAUGUGGAGGGGCUUUGCGGAUUUAUUUCGAACUGGCAUCCGUCGACAAAAUGUUUUGAAACCUGAUGCACGACUUCAUUCGGAAGAAUGUAAACAAGUUGGUGGUUCAGAAUGUAACAUUUUUCCAGUCCAGAAAGCAGUGUUAAAGUGUAAUUAUCGGGGAAGAGAUGAUUACAGAAAGGAGCAUUACCGUGGGCGAGAAGAAACAUUGCAGGAUUGUCGCCCCAAAUGGGAAUCGUCAUGGAUUGGAGCAUUGGGAUGGAGUGGCGCCGUGGUGCUGGGCUGGUACGCGAGCCAGGCGCCGUGCUGGCGACGCUUCCUGCACAGGCGUGGUCCACUGCAGCUGGACACGGGGGAGGCACGGCGCUGCUCCCUGCUGGGUGCGGUGAACCGGUCCCUGUCCCCGCCUGCCCCGGUGCUCAGCGCCUGCCAGAACACUUCUCUUGGGUCCGUCUCCAUCGAACAGGCGGUGGACGCAGCGGCAGAGAGGUUUGCGGGGACGCACAACGAGAUGCUCGGCGCUGUCGAGAACAGCAAAGGGGUGAAGCUGAUGGAGGCAGGAGAGCACAAGAAGGCAGUGGCGUUCUUCAAGAGAGCAUCUGCGUUCCAGAGCGCGCGUGCUGCCUACAACCUGGGUGUCUGCUGCGAGAAGGGCCUGGGCACAUCGCGCAACCUGGAGGAGGCUGCGCGGUGGUACCAGCUGGCGUCCAGCCGAGGGCAUGCCGGUGCGAUGUACAACCUGGGUGUGUUCUUCGCGCACGGACUGGGGGCCCUGGCGGUUGACCGCGCCCGCGCCACGCAGCUGUUUGAGUCGGCCGCGGAGCUGGGCCAGCCCGAUGCCCGCCAGGCCCUGGACCGCAUCAGGCGUACCGCGAAGGCGCGGCGCACAGCGGACGACACCAAGGCACUGUACAGGGCGCUGGGCGUGGAUGUGCCGGCCCCCGACCUGCGGUCGCUACGCAUCUCGGAGGAUGUGCUGCAGGGCGUGAGCCUCGCUGGCCGGCAUCCAGAGGUGCUGGAGCUGGUGUCGGGCGGAGGCCGCCUCUUCGCCCCGAGACGUGUGGCCCGGCCGGGAAGCUGCUGCCAGUCUGAGAUGUCAGACCGCCUCUCCGGCACCGUCUACGCUCGCUACGUACGGGCCUAGGCCUGAGGUGGGAGUGAAGUACUGUCUGUAAUUUCUAUUCUGCAGUAUACAUGAUUCCUCAGUCAGUGACCUUACUGCAUAUGUUUGAAGAACUUCAUCUUUAAAGUGAUCUGUACCAGGAAGUUAGUGGUACAUGACUCUGAAGAAUAGAGAAUGGUUUUUGCUUGUUUUGUGUUUAUAUCAGGACUGAAUAUUCUGCAUUUAUUGUAAUGAGUUGGACUAAAUGCACCAUCUGUAAAAACAUAACAACUUGCUUACUCUGACUGACAUGUAACCACAUAACAUUUCUUUAGUUGGACUGACAUCUAACCAAGUAACAACUCUCUUACUCAGACUGACAUGUAACCACGUAACAACUCUCUUACUUGGACUGAUAUGUAACCAAGUAACAACUCUCUUACUUGGCCUGACAUGUAACCAAGUAACUCCUCUCUUAUUUGGACUGACAAGUAACCAUUUCACAACUCUCUUACUCGGACUGACAUGUAACCACGUAACAACUCUCUUACUUGAACUGACAUGUAACCACGUAACAACUCUCUUACUUGGACUGACAGUCAGUGAAGUCAGCUGCUAGCUCUGACUUGGAGGAAGGGAGUUCACAGGAUAAAACAUAGGCAUCCUGUCGACAAGUUUAAAGUGAAAAAAUGGACAUGUCUGCAUGUAAAAAAAAAUGUAGACAGAGUUUUAGAAAUUUGUUUCCUGUGGCCUUUUAUCGUAUAUACUUGUGGCAUUUAGGUACUUGUGGAUAGUACUCCUGGAAGAAUUAAGUAAGAAAGGAAAUUUCAUUUAAGUUUUUGACAGUUUUUGAAAGUGUUUUGUUAUAGUUUUGGACUAAUUUCUAUUCUGGAAAUUAGUUGGUAUUUUUGAUUUCAAUUACGCUGAAUAAAUAAUUUGGUUAUGUGUAUGUUUGAAAUUGGUAGACUGAAAUAAGAUAAUGCAAAUACAAUUCUUUACAAAAAAAAUGAUUAAAAGGGACACCAUUUUUGUUUUAGAGAAAUAGUUUUCUAGUUGGACGAGUAAAUUGGUCACUGAUUUUCCAAUAGUGUAUUCAGGGUGGCCACCUUACAGAGAAAAUUUAUAAAUCUUGAAUUAGUCAUGAAUUUUUUUUUUGCGCCGGAAAAUCUGUGAGAAACUGUUAAAAUUUUGAAAGCCUGGAAUUAUCUUUUCGUUUAGCAAGUUGAAAAGUGCUUAGUUGAAAAACUGCUCAUUGUGCCUACAAACUGCAUCACUUAUACCAUUUUUGAAUGUCGUUUACUGACGAACGUCCUCAGUGGACACCUGUGAAAUCUAAUGAGUUAACACUUUGACUAGUAGUCACCACCGGUAAUACAAACAGAAGCCACACGGAAAAAAAAAAACAACAGAAUUCUAAUACCUUGAUUUCUCAUGUAAAAGACUAGAGACUCCAUUGGAAAAAAAAUAAAUUAAAACAUGAUUUUUAACAUGGAAAAACUAAACUAGUGGAUUGUGCCAUAAUCCUUUUUUCUUUAAGUGUCUUAAUAAUUAAGUUGUUUAAGUGUUAAUCUAUAAGAAAAUAACAAAUAUCAGUUUAUUGAUAUUUUACCGUUAAAAUUAUUAUUUUUUAGGUAUAUUUGUUUUUUAGCUAGUAUUAAAGUGAUUUUAUAAUAGUAAAUAAUGCACAGAUUACUGUGAUUGAAAGUUAGUCUGUAUAGAAUUUAAAACUAGGAAAUUGUUAUUAAUGCUCAACUGAGAAUUUUAAUUGUUUAUAUUAAUAAUUAUUAUGGUCAUGUGUAAACUGUAAUUAUCCUUGGCAGUUGUAAUUUUAGUUGUGCCCUGAUGGUUUGGUGUAUUAUUUAUACAAUUGCUGUCUUUUCAUAAAACUUUGCUGCUGAUAGCUACUGUCAUAGUUUAAACUACAAACAAAAGCUACUAACUUAUGUUCAAGGAAAACACUUUUAUCACUGAACUAAUAUAGUCUUACUGGAAUAGUUUUUAUUUUAUAUAAUAUUAAAUGGUUGGUAUUAAAUGGUUAAUUCUUAAUUUGGUUUUAUUAGUUCUGAUAUAACCAAUGUAGAAACAUUGAAAGAAAUUUCUUAGAAAAACCUUAAAUAUCGUGGUUUUUGGUUUUGCCAAAAGAGUGGCUAUCCUGUAUUAUCAGAUUUAUUUCACAUGGACUUUUGCUAAAUCACUGUGGGUGCAGUGUUGUGUGUAUGGCCCUGGCAUACAUGCCCACAUUUACAUAGCCACACACUCAGAGCACACACACUAGUGAUUCAUUCUAUUUUGUGGCAUGAAACAAAUUAAAGCUGAAGAUAAGAACUUUCAACCAUGAAAAUCAAAUUAAAUCAAAUGUGCCAUUUUUGGUGGGAGAGUAUUGAGAACAUAAGAUUAAUUUAAUAUACAUUUGCAGGGUUUACUAACCAUUUCUUUUGUUCAAAAUGAUCAUAAAUAAAUUUGUUUUCUUUUCACUACGUUGAUUUUAACUGGCACUGUUGUCUUGUGCAUAAUGUGUAAAUUUUUUUUACACUAGAUUUGAGUGAUAACUUAACUUAAGGUGGUUUGAUUAGAGUGCAUGCUAGUAUAGAUAAUAAUAAUAGUAUAUGAAAAAAUGGGUCUCUAUGAGUCAGAACAUUGAGAACUAUGCAUACUUCUAAGGCUGUGGAAUUAUAAGCAUAAAUUAAUGAGACUGUUUUCUUAGAAAAAAAUAAAUAAAUUUUUAAAA